CAUGUGGUUUUACAUGAGUUUUGGUGGCACUUUGCGGCUCAUUUUCAUUUUACUAUUAUUAUUAAUUGCUUAAUUACUUGGAAAUUUAAAAUCACUUUCAAUAAUGAUCUGUUUAGUGAAGAAAAAGGAAUAAGUGAAAUCGAACAAAUUUGACGUUUCUAAUAGUUUAGAGUGUUUCUUUUUUAACAAAAAAAAAAAUGACGUGUAAUUUGUGGAUAUUCAUAGUUGUUGCAAUUUUAUUGUGUGCUCGUGUAGAAGCUAAUUCACAAUUAGGUACAAAUAAUUGCAUCAGUAGACAAACAUGUCACGAAUGCAUUCAAACGGAACUUUGUGCUUGGUGUAUGCAACCUGAUUUAACUGAACGUCGUUGUUUCUAUGCACCCGGUACAGAUGCAUCGAAAUUUUGUGAAGAAAAAUAUGUCUUCUAUCCGUCAAAUGUUUUUAGUAUUGUGCAAAAUCGUAAUUUAAGUUCGGAAACUCAAUCAGAAUCGAGUGGAUUGCAAUCGACGAGAUUUAAUGCGAAUGAUGGAAAACAAGAGGCGGUUCAAAUCGCUCCACAGGAGGUUAAUGUGAAAGUGAGAAUAAAUCAAGCCCAGAGAAUUAGAUUUUCAUUUUCUCAAGCUGAGGAUUAUCCAGUUGAUCUUUAUUAUCUUAUGGAUUUAAGUAAAUCUAUGGAAGAUGACAAGAAAAAAUUGUCCGAUCUGGGAGAUUUGCUGGUUAAGGAAAUGAGCAGUCUCACUAGUAAAUUUCGACUUGGUUUUGGAAGUUUUGUCGACAAAGUUGUAAUGCCUUACGUGAGUGUAGUGCCACAAAUGCUUUUACAACCAUGUAAAGCAUGUGCUGCUCCGUAUGGUUAUAAACACAUUAUGCGACUCUCACAGGAUACGAGUCUUUUUGCAGACUUGGUGAGAAAUGCUUCAGUAUCGGGAAAUUUAGACGCCCCCGAAGGAGGAUUCGAUGCAAUAAUGCAAGCGAUUGUUUGUAAAGAUGAGAUUGGAUGGCGCGAUAAAGCACGUCGUUUAUUGGUAUUUUCAACGGAUGCCAGUUUCCAUUAUGCUGGCGAUGGUAAACUCGGUGGUAUCGUUAAGCCUAAUGACGGUGUGUGUCAUUUAGAUUCCUCCGGUCUCUAUACGCAUUCAUCACUACAAGAUUAUCCCAGUAUCUCGCAAAUCAAUCAGAAGGUCAAGCAAAAUGCAAUAAAUAUUAUCUGGGCAAUUACUCAAGGUGAAAUGUCAAUUUAUUCGAGACUCUGCUCACACAUUGAAGGUUCAUCAGCCGGUGAAUUAUCGAACGAUUCAAGUAAUAUCGUCGAAUUAAUUAAAAAUCAAUACAAUCAAAUACGAAGUACAGUUGAAAUUAGAGAUACAGUGAGUAGUGAUGCUGUGAAAAUUAAAUAUUUAUCGCAAUGUUUAAAUGGUAAUAAGAAUAUUCAACCAAUUGAAACAACUAAAUGUGAUAAAUUAAAGAAAGGCGAUAAAGUGGAAUUUAUCGCUGAUAUUACUGUCACUCAUUGUCCGGCAAAUCGAUCUGAGUGGAAUCAAACAUUCACCAUCUAUCCGGUGGGCAUUAAUGAAGCUUUAAGAAUUAAUUUAGAAAUGAUUUGCGAAUGUGAUUGUGAACGUCCUGAGGAUUCUUCUUACAAAGAAAAUUCAUCGAAAUGCAAUAAUAAUGGAACGUACAAGUGUGGGGUUUGUGACUGUAAUCCAGGAAGUUUUGGCAAAAAAUGCGAAUGCAAUAAUACAGCGAAUGAUCAUUAUAAAAAUUUCCAAAAUUGCCGACGUGAUAAUACAUCAUUGGUGGAUUGUUCAGGUAGAGGAGAAUGCACUUGUGGCGUUUGUGAAUGUUAUCCACCGAGUGGUGAAAAUUUGAAAAUAUGGGGCGAUUAUUGUGAAUGUGAUAAUUUCUCAUGCGAUCGUCGUGAUAAUAAAUAUUGCUCCGGCAAUGGUGAAUGCGGUUGCGAUGGAUUUUGUAAAUGUAAAUCUGGAUGGAUCGGCAAAGCAUGUGAAUGUAAAUCAUCAAAUGACACAUGCAUACAGCCAGGAACAAAUUUGGAAUGUUCAGGAAAAGGAAAUUGCGUUUGUGGACAGUGCGAGUGUCUUAUUGAAAAUGGCGUUCGAUAUUCGGGUUCGUAUUGUCAGAAAUGUGCGACAUGCAAGGAUCGUUGCGAGGAAUUAACGCCAUGCGUUAUGUGUCAAUUGGAAAAUAUUGGGAAUGACACAAUCAAGGAAUGUCCAACAAAUUGUACAGAAAUUCCAAUAGAAUACGUGGAGGCAAUCGAUAAAACACUAGUAAUGGAGGACGAAAUUGUUUGCAAAUAUAAAGGCGAAGACGAUUGCAAUUAUCUUUUUAUGUAUUAUUAUAACGAUACAAAACUCGUAAUUGAAGCACAAAAACAAAAGGAAUGCCCGCCAAAAAUUUAUUUACUGGGAAUUGUCAUGGCAGUUAUUGCUGGAAUUGUAAUGAUGGGUCUCACUAUUCUGUUCAUUUGGAAAUUAUUAACAACCAUUCACGAUAGACGCGAAUUCGCCAAAUUCGAGAAGGAGAGAAUGAUGGCCAAAUGGGACACGGGCGAAAAUCCAAUCUACAAGCAAGCUACCUCAACAUUCAAAAAUCCCACUUACGCCGGAAAAUCUUAAAGACGCCUACACGAGAAAAGUAGAGCCUAACUUUACAAGAAUGUUCUUUUGGAUGAUUUUCAUUUUCUAUGGAGAAAUGAAAAUUGAAUUUUAUUCAGUAUUUGACUUCUAAACGCUGAAGAUGAAAAGGUAUACUAAUUUUUUUUUGUUUUAAAUAAUUUAUUUAAUAAUAAUUUGGCAAACGAAAUUUACUAAAAAUAGAGAGAGAGAGGAACAAUGCAAGGUUUAUUGAUUGGAAAAAAUGUGCAACGCAAAGCAAUUGCGUUAUAUGAGACUGAAUCAUUCCAAAGGAUUAAUGCACAAUGAUAUGAAUAUCGUGUCAUUCAAUUUUUUGUCAUUGCCAUUAAUAUGUGUGCCAAAUUUAUGGUUUCACUAUUAUUUUACUUGAUUGACAAACAAAAAAAAAAUUGAGACUUGAAUGACAAUAUAAAAAAACUGUUAAUUGUGUAAAUUUGCAGAAAAGAUUUUCGUAAACAGGAUUUUAGAAUUUUUUUAGUUAAAAGUAUCUUUUCUUUAAUUGAAACUAAAAAAUUUUUUUUAACUAAAAAAAGUAAUUUACGAUAAAUGCAUUUUUUUUUAGAUAAGUGUUGUAUCGUGCAAUUUGCGAUUUUAGAGGCAUCUAAUGAUUUUCUAGUAUAUAUUUAUUAAUUAUUAUUAAUUAAAUAAUUAUUAAUUAUUAAUUAUUAAUUAAUACUGCCAUAAUUUUGUAGAAUUUUCAAAUGUCUUCAUUUAGCAUGUUAGAACUUUUUUUCUUUGCUUUUUAGACUCAAAUAAGACGAUCUAAUACGUACGUAGAAUUAAAGUGCUAAAAACGUUAACACUACUAAUUAGUUUUAUUUAGAAUUUUAUUUAAAUAGAGAGAUAUAUAUUAGUAGCAAAUUAGAGUGAAAAAAUGAAACUUAUUAAAGAAAAAGUGCCUUCAAUAUUACUGGAAUUAGGUUUUUUGCCAUAGCAAUAAUUUCUUUUUAUAUUCGUAUUUAGCAAAGAAGAAAAUUUUUUUUAUAUAAAUAUAUAUAGGCACUAUAUCAAUUCUCUUGUCUUCUAUUAUUAAUGCCAAAUUUAUAUUAGAACAAAAUCUUCCAAAAAAAGUCAUAAUCUUGCGAGAAUUUUUAUCUAUACUUGUUAUAAGAGAAAAGAAAAAUUUACAAAAUAGAAAAACUAAGUCACAGUUUCCAAUUUUUUAAGAUGACAAAAAAAAAGUCUAUAAUUAUCUCUAGCGAAUAUUUGAAAACAUUUGUAUUGUAUGAAUAAUAGACAAAAAAACAUAGCUAUAUUUAUACACUAAUAUUCUAAAAAUGUUUACAAACAAAAAAUCGAUUUAUAUUGGUGCGUAUAAAGCACAAAGUACUUACACAAUCUAACAACAUAUUUUAGUACCUAAACAUUUUCGAAUAAAUAAUUGUUUUAUUUAUACUGAAAAUGUUUCACGAAAUCUUACAUUCGAGUGGCGUGUAAUUUUGAAAUUUAAUUAAUGCAGGAUAUUAAUUUAUAAAAA